GACAUCGUGAUCGCCGUCGAACAAUAUAUUCAGACUAGUAGACUUCUUUCGGAAUGUUCGGCUUGGCAAGGUCCAAUCUGCCGAUCCCUCACCGACUGUCAGCUGGGAUAUAUCACACCUCCCCGGGAUUCGUGGCAAGGAUUGGGGCAACAUCAAGUUGACCAAUGGUCUAGACUUCUGUGCAUUGCUGCGACUCUGCUCAAACAUUACGACUGAAAGGAUGACCAAAUGUUCAUCGUCCUUUGUAGAACUACUCCACAGCUUCGAUAUAGUGGAGAGCCAGACUAACAACAUCGCUCAGUCUCGCACCUUAGCGUUGCGGUCCCCUGAUCCCAGUUGACGUAGUAUAAGACUCUUGAAGACGGCAUCAUGCAACUGCACAGCUUCUCCCAUCAGCACGAAGCCGCUCGAGCAGUUGCUGAGCUCAUUGUUUCCCGUAUCAAGGCCUUUGGCCCGAAUAUGAAUCGGCCCUUCGUACUAUGUCUACCUACAGGCAGUACGCCCGUCCCUGUUUACAGGGAACUCGCUCUGAUGUGUAUGAACGGGGUGAUCUCGUUCGAGUUCGUCAUUACCAUCAAUCUCGAUGAAUACUUUGGCCUGCCGGCUGAUCAUCCGCAAAGUUACGCCUACUUUAUGGAACAGGAAUUCUUUUCCAAGGUCGACAUUCCGCCUUCUCAAACCCAUCUCUUGAGCGGGAUCAACCCUGAUCCAGAAUUCGAAUGUGCAAGGUACGAAGCGCUGAUCGAAAAGCUCGGCGGAAUACACUUGCUGUUCGCGGGCAUCGGGGCCAAUGGUCAUGUGGCAUUCAACGAACCUGGUUCAAGCUUUGGCAGUCGGACGCGAGUGGUAGCUUUGGACGAGGACACAAGGAGGGUCAAUGCGAGAUUCUUUGCCUCGGUGGACGAGGUUCCGACUCAUGCGUUAUCAAUGGGCCUAGGCACAAUUCUCGACGCGAGGGAGAUCAUCGUACUUGCCACAGGUGCCUCCAAACGUCACGGCGUCCAAGAAGCCAUUGAAGGUCCUCUGACUCAUCUAGCGAGUCUCAACGCCUAUCCCCAUAAAUAUCACACACUGACUCCCUCUCCGUAAAGUGUCCCGGAAGUGCGCUUCAGCUGCAUCCAGAAGUGUCCUUCUUCACUGACUCUGAAGCUUCUUCGCGUGAGUCAAAGUUGCCCUGCACAGUCAACUUGCUCAUCUUGCGCUUUCCC